UGAUGCAAAAGAAUCAUGAACGUUAUUUGUAUUACCACCGCGAUUUAAGAUAUUAUUUACAUCAUUAGAUGCCUUUAACACUGGAGUGAUGUCUCCAUCUUACAGAUUUCUUGGUGAUCGCUAUGCACAAUGCAACCACAGAGCCCUCUCUUGUCUAUGCAAUGCAACGCUUGACGCUUUUCAUUUAUUGCUAAUACGUGGUACGGAAAUAAACCACCUCACCAUCAAUGUGCCGGCGCGCUGUGAUCGCAAAAAAUCGUGUCGGCUGUGUAGUAGCGGGAUUGAGCAUUGAAAUUGUGAAAUGGUAAAUUAUAUCAGUUUCUGUGACUGUUAUUUUUGUUGUUAGUAUUGGUUGUAAACAUACGUGUUGACUGUAAGGCCGUUUCGAGGCUGCUAUUUUGAUGUGAAUAGUUUCUUCAAAUUGCCGGCGUGUCUCUGAUUCAGUACAAAUUUUUAGUUAAACAUCGCCAGAAUGCAUUUCGUUUCCUGUAUUCACCCCAAAAUUAUAUUUUGGGUCGACUUCCAUCGACCUGCAAGGUCACGAACGAUGCUGUCCAACAAAGGUUCUACAGCAACCCUGCAAGAAGACCCAACUUCUUCUCCCAGUUCCUGGAAAACAUCAAGCAGGAAAUGGCCAAGAAUAAAGAGAUGAAGGAAAGGCAAAUCACAGAGGAACUGGGGAAAUCAGCACGAGGGGCGGCGGAGCGAGUGACUGAGACAAGUCAGAAGUUGGGUCAGUCUGGCGCAUUUCAGACACUCUCCCAGACAGCCAAGGUGGUGAAGAAGGAGUUGGACACUACGAGCAUGGAUGCCAAAGUGUACCGACCUCCAGCACGGCUGCGGAAACGAGUGGAAACAUUGGAAGAGGACAGUCGUGUCCUGCAACCAAACACUGAAGCAACUGGUGUGGAGCUUCACAAGGACUCGAGAUUCUACCAAAGUUGGCAGAACUUUAAGGAAAACAAUCCGUAUGUUAAUAAAGUCUUAGACUGGAAGACACAAUAUGAUGAGAGCGAUAACCCUGUUAUCCGAGCUUCAAGGAUGCUUACAGACAAAGUGUCAGACAUCAUGGGAGGCCUGUUCCAGAAAACUGAGCUUUCUGAAACAAUGACAGAACUGUGUUCAUUGGACCCAAGCUUCGACAAAGUUCAGUUCCUCAGGCAGUGUGAGACUGACAUCAUCCCCAACAUUUUGGAAGCCAUUGUGCGUGGGGACUUGGAAAUCUUGCGAGAUUGGUGCCACGAUGCACCAUACAACAUCUUGUCAACACCCUUACGUCAAGCCAUUUCCUUGGGGUACAAGUUUGAUUCGAAAGUAAUCGACAUCGACAAUGUUGAUUUAGCAAUGGGAAAAGUAAUGGAACAGGGACCUGUUCUUAUUAUUAGUUUUACUUCUCAGCAAAUCCUGUGUUUGAGAGACAAGAAUGAAAAUGUUGUGGAAGGUGAUCCAGAAAAGAUUUUGCGUGUUAAUUAUGUUUGGGUACUCUGCAGAGACAGGAGUGAAAUGAAUCCAAGAGCCGCAUGGAGACUUUUAGAUUUGUCAGCGACGAGUACAGAACAGUUUGUGUGAGGACAGUGUUACUUAGGAAAUGGUUAGUGGAACUAGAACAUCCAGAAUGUUCUUCCACUCUGUGAUGUAAAUAUCUUGUAAGAAGUUGUUUCUUUUUAGGAAAAGACUAGCACAGUUUUUUGUAUGUGAUUAUCAUUGUUUCUGUAUUGUAUAUUUCUUUCCAAUUAUUUAAAUAUACCUAUUGUUGGAAAACAAGGUUCAUAAUUCUUUGAGCCAGACUGUUUCUGAAGUAGGAAGACUGUAUACUCAGUGCAUUGUUUUAAAUCAUAAGAUGCAUAUUUAAAUACUGAACUGGUCAUGAAUACUGUAUUUGCUUGUGUAUAAG